GGUAAUAGAAAAACGAAAAAUGUCAUUAAGUUGUUAUCUGUCAUAUAAAGUUAGGCCUAAUAUUUAUCCUUACCUUUCGUUAUUAAUGAAUUAGUAAGACAAGACGCCUGAUAAUUUAAUAUUAAAAACAAUGGAGUCAGAGCCUACACAGUCGUCUGAGUUGCAAAUUAUCAAAACUGAAGAUACAACAAAAACAUGCAUCGAACAAGAACCACCACAAUCGACGAUUCCUCCUUCAAACACUGAAAACGAUCCCGAGCCUGGAUCAAAUGCAGCUAUUGUAAAAGAUCCACAAAAACCAUCUCCGAAGAAGCCAAAAAAACGUAAACCUAAGGUUCCACGCGAUGUUACAGCUCCAAGGCAACCACUCACUGGCUAUGUUAGGUUUCUAAAUGAGCGCAGGGACCAACUGAGAGCUGAACAACCAGAACUAGGUUUUGCAGAGCUAACGCGCCAGUUAGCCAGUGAAUGGAGUAAAUUGCCCACUGAAGAGAAACAGCAUUAUCUCGAUGCUGCAGAUCAAGACAAAGAACGAUACAUUAAGGAAUGGGCUGAAUAUAAAAAAACAGACUCAUAUAAAGAAUUCCAUAAACAACAAAUGGAGCAAAAAGAUCCUGUGAUUGCUACAAAAAAAAUUAAACAUAAUCUGCCUAGUGAAACAAAUCAACAGAACAUACCUCCUGUUGCACCUCAACCUACUGCUGAACAAGUUGUACUAACACAAAAUGUUCCUGUUGUUGCAAGACAGCCAACACCACCAAGGCCUAAGCCAUGCAUUACUCCAGCAAUGGUUGAUGAUUUGCAUGGUGGUGACACAGAUAUACCUAUUUUCACCGAUCAAUUCCUUCAACACAAUAAACUGAGGGAAUCAGAACUAAGGCAGCUCAGAAAAGCAAACUCUGAUUAUGAACAACAGAAUGCAAUACUUCAAAGACAUGCAGAGGAAGUAAGUGCAGCGACAACGCGACUGCGCGCCGAGACAACUGCAGCAGCGGAGCGCACGGCUGCACUUGUCGCACAUCGGCGGGCGCUUGUCGCAGCCCUAGUACACGCCCUACAGUCACUUGCGUUACCACUAACAAGUGGAGCAAGUGGUGCAACUGAAGCAAAUAUUGAAGAAUACAUGGAUAAAUUGUAUGCAUUGGUGACAGAAAACAAAAAUAACCCAAUUGUUAAACAAGCUCGUGAUAUUUUAACCAGAGUGGAUCUGCCGAUUUCAUAAUUGUAUUAACUUAUUUUAAAUAAACUUGCUUUCAUCAA